AUGGCAAGUGCCCCUCCUGAACAGAAUCAGAAUCACUGCUCAGCCAUAAACAACAGCAUCCCACUGAUGCAGGGCAACCUCCCCACACUGACAUUAUCUGGAAAGAUCCGAGUGACGGUUACUUUCUUCCUUUUUCUACUCUCUACAACUUUUAAUGCUUCUUUCUUGUUGAAACUUCAGAAGUGGACUCAGAAGAAAGAGAAAGGAAAAAAGCUUUCGAGAAUGAAGAUGCUUUUAAAACAUCUGACCUUAGCCAACCUGUUGGAGACUCUGCUUGUCAUGCCACUAGAUGGAUUGUGGAAUAUUACAGUUCAAUGGUAUGCUGGAGAGCUCCUCUGCAAAGUUCUCAGCUAUCUGAAGCUUUUCUCCAUGUAUGCCCCAGCUUUCAUGAUGGUAGUGAUCAGCCUAGACCGCUCCCUGGCCAUCACAAGGCCUCUAGCUGUGAAAAGCAAUGGCAAGCUCGGACAGUCCAUGAUUGGCUUGGCAUGGCUCCUCAGUAGUAUCCUUGCUGGACCACAGUUAUACAUCUUCCGGAUGAUCCACUUAGCAGACAGCUCUGGGCAGACAGAUGGUUUCUCUCAAUGUGUCACACACUGCAGUUUUCCACAAUGGUGGCAUCAGGCCUUUUAUAACUUUUUCACCUUCAGCUGCCUCUUCAUCAUCCCUCUUCUCAUCAUGUUAAUCUGCAAUGCAAAAAUCAUCUUCACCCUGACACAGGUCCUUCAUCAAGAUCCCCACAAAUUACAACUGAAUCAAUCUAAGAACAAUAUACCAAGAGCUCGGCUGAGGACCCUAAAGAUGACAGUUGCAUUUGCCACUUCAUUUACUGUCUGCUGGACUCCCUACUAUGUCCUAGGAAUUUGGUACUGGUUUGAUCCUGAAAUGUUAAAUAGGGUGUCAGAUCCAGUAAAUCACUUCUUCUUUCUUUUUGCUCUUUUAAAUCCAUGCUUUGAUCCACUUAUAUAUGGAUAUUUCUCUCUGUAA